UGGGUCCCCGGGGCGGGGCGCUCCUUGUCCGCGGGCGUAAGGUCUCGCUGGAGUCCGCCGCUGCCCCACACUCGGCCCCGAGAUGACGGCCAGCAAGCGAGUGGCGAAGGAGCUAGAGGAUCUUCAAAAGAAGCUUCCCCCGUACCUGCGGAACCUGUUCAGUGACGAUGCAAACGUCCUGGUGUGGCAUGCACUCCUCCUGCCUGACCGUCCUCCCUACCAUCUCAAGGCCUUCAACGUGAGCAUCAGUUUCCCUGAGGAGUAUCCAUUCAAACCCCCCACAGUGAAAUUCAUAACCAAGAUCUACCACCCCAACGUGGAUGAGAACGGACAGGUUUGCCUGUCCAUCAUCAGCAACGAGAACUGGAAGCCUUGCACCAAGACUUUUCAAGUCUUGGAGGCCCUCAACAUGCUGGUGAAUAGACCGAAUCUGGAGGAGCCACUGCGGGUGGAACUCGCUGACCUGCUGUCGCAGAACCCGGAGCUCUUCAAAAAGAACGCUGAAGAGUUCACCCUCCGAUUUGGGGUGGACCGGCCCUCUUAACUCUGGUUCUGAUCCCUCUCCACCCUGGAUCCUCUGCAUGGUGGAUGGACAUACCUUGUGGACUGGGACCAGAGCCCCUGUACAGCCCAUUUCCUGCUCAAUUUUUCUUUCUUGGGUUGUUAGUUACUAGUUUGUGUGUGUGGUGGGGGGAGGGGGGCUUCUGGCAUGUGUGUGGUGUGUGGACUCACUUCCUACUCUUUUGCCUUCCCCGGAGCCAGGGGAGUUUAGGUUUGCAGAGUCACAGGCCAGUUCCCCAGCUCUCUAUCUUAGGGAAACAGGUUACCUUCCAGGCCAGCUUGCAGGAAAUGAGCCCAGUGGGUAACUGGAAUCCCCCCGGGGACCAGACACUCAGGGGCCAGGAGAGUGAGGAAUACAGGUGGGGGUAGGGCACUUGGAGGGUAUCUUAUUUACGACUCAGUGAUUGAAAUCAGCCAAACUACUGAUAGGCAUGUACAGGUUUAGGUGCUAAACCUUUUAAUUUCCCACUGAUGAAUCAUAAAAUGAAGAAUCUAACCUCCAUCCUGGAAUUCUGACUAUGUGUUUUGAAACUACUUGCUAUCUCAUUAAGUGGCCAGUUCCUGGGGGCCAGGCCUCAGGCUGUGAGGUGUGUGCCCUCCAGCAUCCAGUCCAGGGGGAGCCACCAAAACCAUGUGCUUGCCUGGUCAUUACAGUCACAGGUGAAUUCUGGAGGGAGUUUGGCUAAGUCUUUGUUGACAGGGGAUGGUG